AUAUUUUCAGUUUCCGUUACAAAUACAUUGUUGUGUGAUGGAAGUGGAUAACUUCAUAACUCGUUGGCGUAGCCUGUUUGUGUCAUGCAAAGUAGUCGCGUGAUGUCUGCUAAGUAGCUAAUUUAGCUAGCUAUUCUGCCGAGGUGGAGCUUGAAUGGCAUGUCUUUCAAAGAGCUAUCAAAGAUGUCUACAGCCAAGCACAGGAUGCGCGAUAAGAAGAUGAGGAACCAGCCGAUCAACGUCACCUAUUCCUCCCAGAGCAGCUCACACUGGAGGAACGGAGGGGACACCCCUACAGGUCGAGGCCAUGAUCUGUCUCCACAUCCAUGGGGCCAGGGUCCUCCCACUCUGGCCAUGCCCAGGGAGGGCUGGGUCCGGGGCCACCAGAGAGAAGGACACGGGGGAUACCAGCAGGCUCUGCCCACACACAUCACUGCCUCAGCGUUUGCCAAGGCCCGGGCUGCAGAGGUGAACGCCAUGUUGAUGGCCGUCACCAAGACAACAGGCAGCUCCCAUGUGUUUGGAGCUCUUCCUAAACACAUGAGGAGAAGAGCCAUGAGUCAUAACACCAAGAGACUCCCCUGCAGGCUGAGAGACAUGGCCAACAACAUGUUGGAGAAGAGUCAGAAGGCUGGUCAGAAGGUGAAGAGGGAACAGUCCAAGAGCAAGAGCCGUAAAGCCCGGCGUCGCCACGGCAACAUGCUCCUGGAAUUCUACCGUCGCCAGCGGAAGAGCCUGUGGCUGGAGACGCACAUCUGGCACGCCAAACGCUUCCACGUGGUCAAGAGAUGGGGCUACUGUCUGGGAGACAGGCCAACCUACAAGUGUUACAGAGCCUGCUACCGAGCCAUGAGCUCCCACUGUCUGCUACAGGACAUGUCGUACUACUGCUGUGUGGAGUUACAGGGGCCAGGGGAUCAGCUGUUAGCUGCUCUUUCUAAGCUGACCAGCAAGGAAACUGGGCCUACGUUUGCAGCAGCCAUGUGUGUGUCAGGCAGGAGACAGGGCAGUGUGGUGGUGUACAGAGCAGGACAGUACCCUCUCCAGCCCCUGGGGCCUGUCACUUUCCUCUGGAGACCCACAACGCAGGGCCGGGGGGGCCAGGAGGACCAGGGCUCCCAGGGAUCAACACACAGACAGCUGUGGAUCUGGGCUCACCCCACCAUGAAAACGGACCUCCUCCCAGAGCUGCAGGCUGUCUGUCAGUGUUCUGAGGCUGUCCUUCCACCUGCUCCAGUGGACCUCCCUGUCCCACAGCCAGCCCCAACCCCCACCUUGGCCCCCGGUCCUGGGGCUGGUCCUGAGGCGGUGCAGGCCUCUGGUUCUGGUUCUAAGAGGAAGUGGUCCUCCAGGGAGCCUGAGGCUGCUGGGCCACCAGCCAAGAAGCUCCUGGGAUACAGUACCAUUUCUGCUACCACACCCAUCACCUGGAGGUCCAGUACCACUGGUAUAGUCAUCAGUGACCUCACCAUGGAGAUGGUGCGGUAUCGUCUGAUUGGACCUCUAUCACAUUCCGUUCUGACUGAAACCCUGGCCCCUGCCACACUCUGUGAUGCUACAGGUAAAUCCAGACCAUCCCCCUUCUGGUGGCCAGAUCACUGCAGCGACAACUGUAACAUGUCUCUUCAUCAACAACAAGCUGGUGUCUUCAACAUGCUCAGAGGUGUGUACUCCACAGCGGAGGUCCCAGCCGGCUCAGUUCUGGGUCUGACGGUGGAUGACCCCAGAUUGACCUUACCAAACAAGAGAAGCAAGGCCGUGUCCGACAUCAGGAAGGCACAAGGAGGGAACGAGGAGAGGAGGAGGGAACUGAUGUUGAAGGGGAUCCCUGAAGCCCUCAGCCAGAGUUCCCUGUGGGACCGGUCUGUCCGCGACAACGUCACACACAACAAGAUGACAGACCAGGAAGUAAACAGACUGCGUAAUGAUGUUCUGGUCCCAGGCUCCAGACUCCCCACCCCCCUGCAGGGUAGAGUACCCGUCCUACUGGUGCAGCAGUCUGGGAAGAGCCAGGGCACAGAGAUGGGGUCCUGGGGGGCGGGAUGGGACCUGCUGCUACCCAAGGCCUGGGGCAUGGCCUUCUGGGUCCCUCUGGUUUAUAGAGGAGUACGUAUCGGAGGGCUGAGGAUGAGCCUGAAACACGCCCAGAAUAAAGGAGAGCCUCACUUUCCCCACGACUACCCAGACUGCCCUGCAGGAGCACGCUUCCAGGAAGAGCAGGAGGCUGAGCUGCUGGCCAAGUUCAGGAGGCGCCCACCAGCCAAACGGACCAAUUACAUCAAACAUGGCUGCCUGGCUCCGUUCCGUUGUCCCUGGCAACAGCUGGUCGAGGAGUGGGAGCUGAUCGUGAAAGAGGAAGGAGGAGGAGGAGGAGAGGAGGCAGUCGCAUCAAUGGAACAGGAAGUGACAUCACCACAGAGUAACUUCACAGUCUUGAGGAAUAGGAAGUAUCUAAGGCAGCUGUCCGCUUGGUCGCCCACAUCCUCUAAAUGUCAGAGGGCACGUAACCCGGGAUCAACACCACAACUCAACCGUAACGUUGCAGCGUCUCUCCUCUCGGCACACGGUGGCAGCAGCCUGGUGUGGAUCCGUCUCUCCCUCGUCACCAAGGGCCAACCGGAGCAGCACGCCCUGGUGUGUGUCCCCACCGAAGAGGACCUCCAGCUGGUACGUAAGGAGCCGGGCUGCACAGGGCCCCAGGAGCCUCUACACACUGACCACUUCAAGAGCCGCGUCAAACGGCCACGCAAGAAGGGCCCCAACAAACCUGGAACCUCUUCCUCCGCCAAGCCUGAAAACAAGCAGUCCGACCCUGCCUCUACCUCAGUCCCCAGUGUCAACCCUGGUCCUGAUCCUAGCUCCUCCUCCAGCCUCACCAACCCCUCUUCCUCCGCCAAGCAGUCUGACCCUGCCUCUACCUCAGUCCCCAGUGUCAACCCUGGUCCUGAUCCUAGCUCCUCCUCCAGCCUCACCAACCCCUCUUCCUCCGCCAAGCAGUCUGACCCUGCCUCUACCUCAGUCCCCAGUGUCAACCCUGGUCCUGAUCCUAGCUCCUCCUCCAGCCUCACCAACCCCUCUUCCUCCGCCAAGCAGUCUGACCCUGCCUCUACCUCAGUCCCCAGUGUCAACCCUGGUCCUGAUCCUAGCUCCUCCUCCAGCCUCACCAACCCCUCUUCCUCCUGUACCUCAACCCUGACUCUGGGUCUCUGGCCGGAGCCCCUUCCCAGCGUCACCUCCCACUGCUCCAGGGUGACUCUGGGCUGGGUGACCCAGGGGGACUUCUCCCUGUCGGCUGGCUGUGGAGAGGCUCUGGGGCUCCUCAGCCUUACUGGUCUCCUACACACCCUGCUCAGACAGCCUGAUGGCCAGAGAGGACUGGUGCUGCUACGGAACCCCGGGUCACUGCAGUACCGUUUCGCUAAGAUCAACAUAGAGGUCUGAGGAGGACUGCAGGUUCAAUCCCACAUCACAACAGUACCGCUUCCCUAAGAUCAACAUAGAGGUCUGAGGAGUACUGCAGGUUCAAUCCCACACCGCAACAGUGCCGCUUCCCUAAGAUCAACAUAGAGGUCUGAGGGAGUACUGCAGGUUCAAUCCCACAUCACAACAGUGCCGCUUCCCUAAGAUCAACAGAGGUCUGAGGAGGACUGCAGGUUCAAUCCCACAUCACAACAGUACCGCUUCCCUAAGAUCAACAUAGAGGUCUGAGGGAGUACUGCAGGUUCAAUCCCACAUCACAACAGUACCGCUUCACUACGUAAAGCCACAGACUGUGUGAGUAAAACACUGUGCCUAGUGUGAGUCCCUUCACCCCAACCCCUGUUAGGGGUACUUAGAUAUUAAAUACCUGGCAUGCACACACAACAUUACCCAUAUUGAAUGACUCAUUGUUUGAGUGGAAUAACUUUUUCUUGAUAAUUCCCUGUAAGGUUUUCUGGGAGUUUUUCAUUUGAGUUGAAAUGUUUUUUUUUAUUUAUUUUGUUCAAUAUUGUUUUCACUGAAGGGACUGCCUUCAGAUUGUCACUGGGUGUGUACUGGCUCUGUAGCGAAGACACCAAUCAUUCUUUGGUUUGCCUGAUUCCCAUUUUUGUGAAAACAUAUCUUUGUUUGGAUUUGAGAGUACGAGUUGAAAUGGUUGACAAUAAAAAUCCCUCUACUCUACCCUCUAUGUCAGAAUGUUUCCUAUUGUACCGAGACAUUUACGUUAUUCUCCUAUUUGUAUCUAUUAUUGUUGUGGUGAAGUAGGAGCAGUAAGCGUUUCAGUGGACGAUAUAUCACUACUAAUAAAACUGAGCUGGCUUUCUGCUCUCAUAAAGAG